CCAUCCAAACACCAUCAUAGCAGCAGCAACAACAACAGCAACAACAACGCACACGUUUCGCGCUGCGCACACAUCGACCGCGUGGUUGAGAGACGUUGUCCCUCCGGUUCGUCGACAUGGCAUUCGCUGAGGAGGAGCUGGCGCUUGCAAUGAAGCUCAGGGCGGACGGCGGCAGCAGCACGGAGGAAGAGUCGUCCAUCGCCAUGAAGCUGACGGAGGACGGCGGCAGCGAAGACGAGGAGGAGGAGCCUGCCCUCCCUGUGAACCUGCUCGAGCACCGUGGCGGCUCCUGCUCGGAGUUGGCUGACGGCGGCCUAGGCGGCUGGGCAUCGACCGGCUCGAGCACGCUCUCGGUGCACCACGACCACGCGCCGCCUCCGCUCUCGGCCACGGCGGAGGACGUGCCGUGCGCGCACAGGCGGAAGCCGAGCGGCCGGUACGUCCUCGCCGCGCACCGGGCGGACGAGAAGGACGGCCUAUGCCGGGAGAUGCCUUGCGCGCCCAAGCCCAAGGUCACGUACCGGGUGGCCGGCUGGGUUGCCCUGGAGGGUGGCCCCAGCGCGGACGGCGGCCACCCCGUGCACGUCGAGGUCCGCACGCACGACGGCGCGCGGGUCGGCGGCGGCGUGCUGGUGGCCGAGCCGGGGAAGUGGGCCGAGAUCAAGGGCGCGUUCCGGGUCGACGAGCACCCGCGCCACGCCGAGGUUUACGUCCAUGGCCCGCCGGCCGGGGUGGACAUCAAGGUCAUGGACAUGCGCGUGUGCGCCGUGGACAAGAUCGCAAGGCUCAGGCACCUCAGGAAGAAGACGGACAAGGUGCGCAAGCGUGAUGUGGUGCUCAAGUUCAACCCGCGGUCGGAGGACGGGGCCGACGCCGAUGCGGCGGCGGCGGCCGUGAAGGGCGCGUCCAUCCGCGUGGUGCAGGUGGAGAACAGCUUCCCGAUCGGCGCGUGCAUCAGCAAGUCGUCCAUCCAGAACCCGGCGUUCGUCGACUUCUUCACCAAGCACUUCGACUGGGCGGUGCUGGAGAACGAGCUCAAGUGGUAUUACACGGAGGCGGUGCAAGGGCAGGUGAGCUACGCCGACGCCGACGAGCUCAUCGCCUUCUGCGACCGGCUCAAGAAGCCGGUGCGCGGGCACUGCAUCUUCUGGGCCGUGGAGAACUCGGUGCAGCCGUGGGUCCGCGCCCUCAACACCGACCAGCUCAGGGCCGCCGUUGAGUCCCGCAUCCGGGGCCUCGUCUCCCGCUACAGCGGCCGCUUCCCGCACUACGAGGUGAACAACGAGAUGCUCCACGGCGCCUUCUUCCGGCAGCGCCUCGGCGACGACAUCGACGCGCACAUGUUCCGCGAGACGGCGGCGAUCGACCCGGCGCCGGCGCUGUUCGUCAACGACUACAACGUGGAGAGCGCCAACGACCCCAACGCGACGCCGGAGAAGUACGUGGCGCUGAUCACCGACCUGCAGAGGCGCGGCGCGGCCGUGGGCGGGAUCGGGGUGCAGGGCCACGUGACGUACCCGGUGGGCGACGUCAUCUGCGACGCGCUGGACAAGCUGGCGGCGACGGAGCUCCCCGUGUGGAUCACGGAGCUGGACGUGUCGGCGGCGGACGAGGCGGUGCGCGCCGACGACCUGGAGGUGGUGCUGCGGGAGGCGUUCGCGCACCCGGCCGUGGAGGGGAUCAUGCUCUGGGGGUUCAUGCAGGGCCACAUGUGGCGCUCCCACGGCCAGCUCGUCAACGCCGACGGCACGAUCAGCCAGGCCGGGAACAGGUUCAUGGGGCUCCGGCAGGAGUGGACGUCGCACGCGCGCGGGAAGGUGGACGCCAACGGCCACUUCAAGUUCAGGGGGUUCCACGGCAAGUACGUCGUGGAGCUGGCCGCCGGCGCCGGCGGGAAGCAGGUCAGGCGCGCGUUCGACGUUCACAAGGGGGACGAGCCGCUCGUCGUGGACAUGAACCUCUGAUGGUGAGCCCACUCCACACCGACGGGGUCCUUGCUCUUGCGUUGCUGAGUCGGUGGUGAUACACGUGGACAUGUACGUACGUACUCCAGCAUAUUGCCUAUGAGUAUAUAUAUGGGAUCGGGGCUAUGAGUAGCUAGCUAUAUAGUGGGGCCGUUGAGAUUACAUUUUGCCAUUAGGCAGGAUUGAUUCAGACUCACACGUACCGUAUUGUAAUUUGUAGUAAUGUCUUAGAUAUGGAUUGCAGUAAAUAAAUGUGGAUUUGUCGAUUUACCGUGUUA